GGCUGCCCGAGUGGGGCCCGGCGGGCGUGAGCGCGGGGGAGCGCGCUGCCUGCAUGCGCGGAGCUCUAGCCCCGGGCGGCCGCCGCGGCAGCGCCGGAUCGGAGGCAGCCGGACGUGGAGAGGAGCGCGGAGCCCGGAGGCGCCCCGGGUCCGCGCUGGACCAUUGUGACUGUGUAGCGCCCGGGUGCGCUGCGAAGACGAGGACCGGACUCUUUUGAAUCUCCCGGCAUCUGGGCGCGGGGCGACUCUCGGUAUUUUCUAACUCAACUCGUGGAUUGGAACGUGGCUCCGCUCUGAGCGCGGCCGGCGACUUGUAGGAGCCCAGCCCUGGCUGCGGCCGCCGCGCACGCCCUCGGAAGACUCGGCGGGGUAGGGGCACGGGCUGGCCGCGAGAGUCUCCGCGUGCAGAGCGGGCGGGCCGAGGGCUGAUUGGAGGGACUCCCCGGAGAAGCGAUUUGGGAUUUGUUGCGAACAGCAUGGAGGAGAAUGACCCCAAGCCCAGCGAAGCGGCGGCGGCGGCGGCGGCGGCGGCGGUGGAGGGGCAGCGGCAGCCGGAAUCCAGCCCCAGCGGCGGCUCGGGCGGCGGCGGCAGCAGCCCGGGCGACGCGGACACUGGCCGCCGGCGGGCUCUGAUGCUGCCCGCGGUCCUGCAGGCGCCGGGCAACCACCAGCAUCCACACCGCAUUACCAACUUCUUCAUCGACAAUAUCCUGCGGCCCGAGUUCGGCCGGAGAAAGGACGCAGGGACGUGCUGCGCCGGCUCCGGAAGAGGCAGAGGCGGCGGCGAAGGCGGCGCGGGCGGCGCGGAGGGAGGCGGCGGCGCGGCCGGCGCCGAGCAGCUCCUGGGGUCGGGCCGGGAGCCCCGGCAGAACGCGCCGGGUGCGCCGGGUGCGGGCGGGCCGCUGCCCGGCGGUGGCGGCGGCGACUCUCCGGGUGACGGCGAAGGCGGUUCCAAGGCGCUCUCGCUGCACAGCGGCGCCAAGAAAGGCGGAGACGCCGGGGGCCCCCUGGACGGGGCGCUCAAGGCCCGCGGCUUGGGCGGCGGCGACCUGUCUGUGAGCUCAGACUCGGACAGUUCGCAGGCCAGCGCCAACCUGGGUGCGCAGCCCAUGCUCUGGCCGGCUUGGGUCUACUGCACGCGCUACUCGGACCGACCUUCUUCAGGUCCCAGGUCUCGCAAACCAAAGAAGAAGAACCCCAACAAAGAGGACAAGCGGCCCCGCACGGCCUUCACGGCGGAGCAGCUGCAGAGGCUCAAGGCCGAGUUCCAGACCAACAGGUACCUGACGGAGCAGCGGCGCCAGAGCCUGGCCCAGGAGCUCAGCCUCAAUGAGUCACAGAUCAAGAUUUGGUUCCAGAACAAGCGCGCCAAGAUCAAGAAGGCCACGGGCAACAAGAACACGCUGGCCGUGCACCUCAUGGCGCAGGGCCUGUACAACCACUCCACCACCGCCAAGGAGGGCAAGUCGGACAGUGAGUAGGGGGCGGGCGUCAAGCCCAGUCUCAG